AGGAGAGAAGGGGGGGGGGGUGGAGGCAGACGGAGUGGGUGGUGCUAGAGACGCUGGGAACAGCACCGGACGGGAGCGGAGCGAACGAUCACAGAGAUGCAGCUGCGCCCGAGGACGCCACCGGACGAUCACGUUCUUUGAAAGAGAAGCGACCCAGCGUGCGACAGCAACAAACGAGAACUAAAGCUGCGGCGUGGCCGCCGACUGCCCCUCUGCUGAGAGGUCGACUCUCGGUCGACUCUCGGGAGAGAGUCGACCUUCGUCGGGAUGUAACAUUUGAUGACUGUGCUGCUCGGUGGCUCAGGGAGAUAACGACGAUGACGGUGGUGGUGACGAUGACAGCUCUCGCAUCGAACUGCAAAUAAAUACCACCCCCCCCCCCCCCCCGAAGCUUACGGACGUCCAUUCAAGAAAAAAACGAAUCGGAUUGCAUUUUUUGUCGCCCUCGUCUUUGUGGUUGUCGCGGCUUUUGCUUUUGUUCGUCACGCGCGUGGGCAACGAUGGGGCUCGCGGAGUUCACCGGGGGACGCUCGGGGAGCCCGGCGGUCGACGGCCGUGGUCACCCGUGCCCAGCGACGGCGAGAGGGGCCGCUCUCGGCGGACCGCCGUGCGGCGUCGCGAUCCACAGGUUGACCGUGGGCGGAAAAUACUGAGAGCGACGGUCGCUCGACUCUAAACGCGCGCGGUGACAUUAAGAGCGUAGAUCUCUCUCGUGAGUUCGGGCCGAUCUUCCCUUCGGUGCGGCAGUGGUGAUCGCUUCCUCGCCGGCGUCUGCUGGAAGUUUAGCAAGAGACCUUUGAGCCUCUCUGGCCCGACGCUGCUGCUCCUUGCCGCCGCUUGCUUGCUGCUGCUGCUGUCACUGCGGGGUAGUGGCAGCAGCAGUGAAGGGAGAAGCCCGCCACCCGCUCCGAGGAACCCAGAACGAUGAACAAAUCGAGCAGCGUGGACUCCGACGACAGCCGGGGCUCGCCCUCGUGGCGGCCUCGCAGUUUCGGGGACUCAUUUACCGGCUACGGAUACGCCGGGGCCACGGGGGGCCCGGGAGGCCCGGGGGGCCCUGGGGCCCCCGGCGGUCCCGGUGCCGCCCCCUCCGCCGGGCCCGGCUGUCCGUUCUCGCCGCCCGGCGCUCGAUUCUGCGCAUCGGCCACGGGCCCGGGCUUCGGCGUAGGAGCGAAGAAACCGCCCGAGAAAAAUGAGAAGUCGGGCGGCGGCGUCGGCGGUGUCGGUGGAGGCGUUGGAGGCGGUGGAGGAGGACGAGGGCCGAGUGCCGGAGGGGACCGAUACACGGCCCCCAACGGCAGCAAGGUGGUGGUGUUUUACCUGGAUCUCUCGUUUGUCUUUUUGCUAGAGCUGAAACGCUGCAACAUGGCUCGAGGAUGCCACGUCUGCCUCAAGUACAUGAUGUUCAUCUUCAACCUCAUCUUCUGGCUGGGAGGCUGCGGGAUCCUGGGCAUAGGGAUCUGGCUGUCCGUGACGCAGGGGAACUUUGCGACACUCUCGCCGUCGUUCCCCUCGUUCUCUGCCGCCAACAUCCUCAUCUCGACGGGCACCAUCAUGAUGGUCGUCGGCUUCAUCGGCUGCCUGGGGGCCAUCAAGGAACACAAGUGCCUGCUGCUCAGCUUCUUCGUCUGCCUGCUCAUCAUCUUCGUCCUGGAGAUGAUUUGCGUCAUCCUAUUCUUCAUGUACAGAGACCAGAUCGACGGGCACGCCAAGGACGACCUGAAGGAGGGCCUCCGCCUGUACGGCAGCGAGGGCAACGUGGGCCUCACCAACGCGUGGAACAUCGUGCAGACCGACUUCCACUGCUGUGGGGUCGUGAACCACACCGACUGGUUCUUGGCGUUUGGAGACAAGCGCGUGCCGGACUCGUGCUGCAUGGAGUACAGCGUGGACUGCGGGCGUGACAAACCCAACACCUGGUGGCCCUCGGGCUGCUACGACAAGGUGGAAGCGUGGAUUGAGGAGAACUUGAUGGUGUUGGGAGUCUUCAUCCUGUGCAUCUCACUCAUACAGAUCCUGGGAAUGGCCUUCUCCAUGUCGAUGUUCUGCCAGCUCUACAGACAAAAGAAGAACCACUACGUCUAGCAUGGGGAAAUCGGUCACUUGGUGCGCAGGGGUGUAUUGUCAUCAUCACCACUUAUUUUUCAACUUAUUUUGUUGUUGUUGCUAAAGUGUUAAUUCAUCAUCAUUAUUAUUAUUAUUGUUUUACCAAUGCUAAUUUUGGGAGAGCCGUUAAGGACCACGUCGGGUUGUGCGAGCUGAGCGUGCGAGGGGUCGAAGGUGAAAGCGCGACGAGGAGGAAGCGGGAGCGACGCGCCGUGUCUGCGGGCACGUCUCGACAGGACGAUGGGAAAUGACGCGAAGCGUAACGGGCGUGUUUUCACCAGGAACAAAAAAAAUUUGCGUCUUUGAAAAAAUGUUUGCCAAAGAUGUCUCAUUCGUUUAAACAAAAAUAAAAACACCACGCAAGUUCAAUCCUUCAUUUCCUCAACGUUUAAAGCGCAUUAAGGGUUGUAUUGGUUUUUGACAAUUGUGCAGAAUGACUAAAUGAAUUUUGGAGAACACUGGUGCUGUGCUCUAAGGGCCAACACACUGGACUUGCAAUCCAGAGGUCCCCGGUUUGGUUCGAACUCCUGGCAGUUUAUUUUUAAAUGGGUACAUCACAGUGAGUCAAUCGGUAACUCACACGUGGGUGGAGUAAAGCGUGGGUAACUCCCCAACUCUUCCAACACGUCUGACCAUGAUGGAUGAGUAGGCUAAAUGCCCUCUUAGUGGGGCUCUCUAAAUCUCUCUCGAGUGGAGACCCACCAGCAAUGGUGUUAGCAAGCAAUUGCAGGGCCGCACUUUUACCACCACCUAACCUACCUUUUUACAAAUGCUAAUUACCCCUGGGUGACAUUAUAUCUGGGAUAUUCAUGUAACUUAGCGUUCAUUUUAGAACUGUGCGUGAAAAAUAUGCAUUACCUGGCCGUGCAUAAGGACUCGCAAAGUGGAGAGGACGGCACGCCUACGGAAUGAUGAUCUCGAGUGUGGACUUCGUUUUCUCAAAUCAUCUUCCGUACUGUAAGUGCAACGGGAUUUUUUUUUCUUCUAAACAAAUAAUAAAUAAGUAUAUACGACCGCGUAAGUUUUCCGCUGUCGUGCCGUGUGGCCUCUCUGACGUCUUUCCGGAUGGCACCGCGCGUCAUUCGGCACAAUGUCCGACGUUUUCGCCCCACGUGCUGGGAGCUUCUUCAGCAACUGAAUGUUGGGUGUGAUUUAAGAGGGGAAGCUCUGUUCUCUUAUCGCGUGAUACUACCCAAGAUAAAAUGCAUCGGGGAGCCAAAUAGAAAAGUAUAAAAAUAAGAGUUCCUUGCAAGUUUUGUUGUUGUUGUUCAGAUCUUUCCUAAUCAUAUUUACAAUCGAGCUUGACAGUUCAUUAUCGCAGAGUUGAGAUACUUUCAGAAAACCCUCCACUGCUCCCUUUUCCCAUCUCAGUUCUGGGCCACGUCUGUGACCGGAGGCACCAACAAAGUGGCACUUUGUGGAUUAAAAAUAAAUCCUACGCCUAUCAGCUCAAAUCCUCCGGAUUGCAAUGUUAUAUACACACAUAUAUGUAAAAAAAGAUCUGGACGUACAACAAACUAAAUUCCCAAUUUGCUCAAAAAAAUGCUUUACAGUAAUUCACGCCGCUCAUUUGGAUGGGCCGUGAUGCUGUGGAGUUAUGGCUUCGUGACACGGAGUGAAAGUUAUCGGCGUCGUGUUAGCGGUUGGGGGUCUCUGUUGGUGGCAUGUGCAUCUGUAACGGCUCCUCCGCUCUUCAUUGGGUGGUGCAAAUCCAUUUUUUCGCUGCUAAAGUUGAAUAUUAACGAAACUUGAUUUUUUCCCCCCUUCCUUCUGUGUGUUUUUUCUCCUUCGUUUUUAAACUUGUAACUGCAAAAAAAAUGUUGGCGAGAAUCCAUUUGCUCCGUCAAUCGUGGAGUUUUUGGAGCUUGCCAUUUUCAUGGCUUUCACUGUCGAGCGUCCAACUCGUUUGCUGCUCUUAAUUUUUUUUAUACAAAAACAAUCAAGCCUAAAUUGCGUUCAAAUUAAACGCAUGGUGCAAAGUGUAGCCGUGGUAAAACAGCCUCUGCGCUGGGUAGGGGGGAGGUAAGUCCUCCCGGGGCAUUCGAAUCGAGCGCCGAGCGAGGCUCACCGUUGUGUUACUCUCGCGCGCACGCGGAUUGAAACGAUUCCAGUCACGAAAAAAAUGAUAUUUUAUUACUCACGUUUUGUUUCCCGUUCAUCACGCCUUUGGAUGGACUGAACCGGUUGGACGCCGUCAGCGUGUUUGGUUUUUCUUAUUCUUAUUCUGCGUUACGCAUUUACGGGAGUCACUUGAGGCGGAGGGUUUUCGUGUUAGGCAUAUUAUCCAGGGAACAGCUACGUAGCAAUGCGGUGCGAUUUUUUUGUUGUUGAACUUUUAAGGUUUUUUUUCGCUUCGAAAUAAUUUUGUUAAUUUACAGUAACGGAUAAUUAUUGAUCGCUACGUUUCGCUUCGGGCGGUCGCGUUGAUCGGUGCGUGGCAAUGGAAGCCCUUUAAGUAACAUAUCCGUAUUUGCUCCCGACGUGGUGCCGUAGCGCGGUGGCUUGAACCCCGCUGAUCCCCGUUAAAAAAGUCGUGGACGUGCGAGUCCUGAGUGAGCGGUGGAAAUUCCACGUUUCUACGUCAGCGCUGCGUAAGGUGAGAACCCAGUGUUGACUUUCCCACCAGUUGGUAUUGAGGUGGACCGCAUCUCUGUUCGGGGUUGAGGGAAGGUGUCUUCAGUUGCUCUCGGGCGAGGUGAGGGCCCAGAGAAAUUUGGUCUCGUUACAAAGUUUGUUAGCGGGCGGGCGGCCGAGUGGGUGGGUGGGCGAGCGGUUGGGCGAGCGGUUGGGCGAGCGGGCAGGCAUCUGGUGUGGUAAAAUAAUGCCUUUCACUCCCACGAAGUGUCACUAUGCAAAGAGGUGGCAUUUACUGACCGACACAACUGCCCCUGAAUUCCUUUAUAACUCUUCAUCUCAUCAUUUACUACGUAAGCUGGGUUCGAACUCGGAAAUUCAAGGUUUCGUGGGAUCAAUGAGGCAUUGACGCUCCCGAAAGUGUGACACACUCAACUCCUCUGCCCGUUGUCAAUAAAGUUUUACAAAUCUGGUCUAUCGCACACACAUAAACACCUACCAACUUUUACUUUAGAAUAUAGUGGAACAUUUUGAUUUUAUAAUCUGGAGAAUGUUUAAAAAGAAAAAUAAACAUUUCGAGUCUCAAGAUCCUUAUACAGGAGGGUCGUCCUCGGGGCUUUUCUUGCGAACGAUGAAGGGUUUUGUUUGCCCUUCAAAAAUAGAACACGCCCGGAGGUAUGUUGGGAACCAGCUUACCACGCUGUUCUCUGCAGACCACCGUGCGGGCAAGACGAGCCAUCGGAAAAUAAUUUACCGAGUGAGCGGCGCGUUGGCUCAGUUUUAACUCCGGUACGAGUCUCCCCCCCCCCGCCCCCGUGGACACGGGGAGAUUUGUCUGGAGCUUGAACGGCAUUGACGAGGACGGGAAUUUGCCGCGCAAUUUGCUCACCGCGGCUCACGCCACAAGGAAAACGAGGUACGCGUUAUCGCGUGCAAAGAGCACGUGGCCCGGUUUGUGGGAAUGUUAUCCGUUACACAGUUACAUUGCCAAUAAAAAUGAACUUCGAUUUUUAUUGUGACGUUCAAUGCAGACUUAAAUACAUUUACAAAAAAAUAUUUGGUAGUGUAGUAUGCAAACGCUUAUACGGCAAAUACUAGUUUUGUAAUCGUACGGGCUGAUUUCUCCUCCCGCUCCGGCUAACGUGGCGGAAUUUGUUUCAUGUUAUCCGAGGUGCGAGCAAAAUCACUGUAGUUUGUUAUUGUUUAACUUUUUUUUCCCUUGGUUUUGGUCGCUAUAAAAAAACAAUCCAACACUUAUCAGCACUUUACUUGUUCCGAUGUCGCUAGCAAUUCAGAAAUGCAAAGCGCAACAGCCAAAAAAAUAUAUGUUCUUAUAAUUUCCCACAUUACGCCGUCACCAUUCCACACUCUGCUGUAGUCUGUCGACUUUAACAAACUUGUCUACUCUUUCUCCGUGUUCCUUACGGUUUUAUUUUAUUCUGGGGUUUUUUGUUUUGUAAUAAGUGUCAUUAACGUAGUUGUGCUGUACCUUAUUGAACGACACAAACUGUGCUGUGUUGUUUUUUGUUGAUGUUUUAUGCACACCAUGCAAGUUGAAAAAUAAAGAGCUCACUCCUCUG